AUGGCGUUUUAUCCGCGAUUUUCAGCUGGUGACUUUCUCCCACUCUUCCGUCUUCUGGACGACUACGACGUCCAUCGCUCGACGCGGUCAAGUUCCUCGCACCGCCGCCAUCAUAAUGAUCACUGGCCGACUGCCCGAUCCUUCGCACCAAGGUUCGACGUACGGGAGGUGAACGACAGCUACCUCCUGGACGGGGAGCUUCCGGGCGUCCAGCAGAAAGACGUGGAGAUUGAAUUCACGGACCCUCACACGCUGGUGAUCAAGGGCCGCGUCGAGCAUGAAUACAACAACGACAACGACAACGAGCAAGAUGAAGCCACGGCAAACGACUCGUCGUCAGACGACGAUACAUCAAAGAAGUCCUACCAACCCACCGUCGAAGAUGCCGAUGAUGACGAGGCCACUGGCACCAAUAAGUCUACUACAGUCAUCCCCACCUCUUCAACUCCCAACACAACAACGUCGACAUCGGCAUCUUCCGACAACAGACUCUCCAAGAGCACAAAGAGCAAGGACAAGGGGAAAGCCGUCCAGAAACAACCAUCCUUCAAGUACUGGGUUUCUGAGCGCUCCGUGGGCGAGUUCCACCGCACUUUCACCUUCCCGACCCGGGUCAAUCAGGAUGCAGUCAAGGCCAGUCUGAAGAAUGGCAUCCUCUCGAUUGUCGUGCCCAAGAAGCCGGCUCAUGUGGUGAAGAAGAUCAGGAUUGAGUAA